GAGGAACGGAGUACGGAUUUUGUUGUCCCCAAGUUAGGUUAGGUCUACCACUUCCCAGACUAAUUUGUUCAUCUCUCCACACUACACUCUGACUCUUUACAUAAAAUAUAAGAUAACCAGUUAACAAAACAUUAAAAUGGCAACUAUGGUUGAUUCAGGUUCUUUCUCCACUGCUCCGGAUUGGUUUAUGGAAGCCCAAAGUACAGGGACCACAAUUAUGGCGGUCGAAUUCGAAGGAGGAGUAGUUAUUGGUGCUGACUCGCGAGCAACCACUGGUUCGUACGUGUGCAAUCGUAUCGCAGACAAGCUGACGCGUGUCACAGACUACAUCUACUGUUGUCGCUCUGGUUCCAGCGCCGACACUCAGGCCAUCGCUGAUAUAGUGUCUUACCACAUGAACUUUUACCGAGCGGAGACCGGGGAAGAGCCGUUGGUGGAGUCAGUAGCUGCUCUGUUCCGAGAACUCUGCUACAGCUACAGGGACCAGCUGACUGCCGGCAUCCUGGUCGCAGGAUGGGAUAAACGUAAAGGAGGACAGGUGUACGUUGUGCCUAUUGGAGGAAUGUGUGUUCGUCAGAAGGUCGCCAUUGGAGGUUCUGGCAGCACCUACAUCUACGGCUAUAUAGACGGCAACUUCAAAGACGGCAUGAGCGUUGAGGAGAUCAAGAAGUUUGUCACCAACGCUAUUUCACUGGCCAUGCAGAGAGACGGGUCAAGUGGAGGAGUUGUUCGGCUCGGAGUAAUCGCCAAUGGAAAUCCCAUCGAGCGAUCAGUUAUCUUCGGAGAACAACUGCCUAACUUUGGCUACGCUUCUUGAAUUGCUUUUUCUAAUGUUCGUACUCACUAAAUUAAUAAACUUUGAUUUGUAAGUUAAUAACUCUAAA